AUGCUUUAUAACAAUGGAUUGCGUGAAAUUCAGAUGCACGGUUCACCGGAUAUGUUUUCGAUUCUUCAAAGUCGGGACAACUCUCCCCAUUCGCAGUCCUCGUUGUUGUUGCUUGCUCUUCACUCGAAUGCUCCUUCCGACAAAGCACCAGUGGAACGAUUUGCUGCCUCCUCCAGGUCCUCGGAGGGACGUGGCGCGACCAACUCGGCACCUCUCUAUAGGAGGAGCUCCCAGACCACCCGUGACCACAUUCCUACUCAGCAGGCGAAUAUGCGUGGCACUGAGGCCCGUCCAAUAACUGUAAUAAGUUACCACAGCCCUGAUGCUGGCAGGACACCGUCAGACAACGCAACGGGGGCUGAAUUGUCUCGGCCAAGCAUACCGCCGGAAUUGGAGCAAACCACUAGACCACCGCCCGCUGGUUCUCUGCGCCAACAGGGCGACAAUUAUGUUAUUGAAAUCAGCGAUUCAGAUUAG